CAUCUCACUCUCACUGGUCCUUUCAGCGGCAGUUUCUCACUUUGGUUUUUACUGACAUGAGGACUGGAGAUAAGAUGCAAUCUCAAGUUAGGGAUUAGGCUACUUGGCAAGUACUAAAUCCUUCAUGAAAAUCAUUUCGGCCUCUGAAUUUGGGUGGCAGCACUGAGGCCAGUAAGCACCUGUGAAGUGGACUUGAGAGAUGAAAUCCGCAGUUACUCCUGGGACUUUGUUUGCUCUUUGGUGGAUGCUUUCCCUCAUCUUCUUUGUGCAGCAGCUCAAGGCAGGAAACACUGAGGGCCCGUGUCAAGGUAGAGACUGCUCUGUAUGUCGGUGUCUUCCUGCCAAAGGUGCACGGGGCACUCCCGGCAGACUAGGCCAGGAAGGUCCACCGGGACUAAUGGGACUGCAGGGACAUGAAGGGCUUCCUGGAGAGAAAGGCAGGAUGGGAGCAGUUGGAUCACAUGGCCCAGAGGGGACUAAAGGAAGUCAAGGAAAGACUGGCGCUCCUGGUUUUCCUGGUAGAAGUGGUUUACCAGGUCACCCUGGAGCAGGCGGUGAGCCUGGGUUGCCAGGAUUGGAUGGUUGUAAUGGGACACAGGGUAGUCCGGGAAUCCCCGGUUUGCCUGGUUUGGAUGGCCUCCAUGGCCCACCGGGAUUACCUGGACCUAAAGGAGAUAAAGGAGAAGCUUCAUAUUUAGAUCCACCUCCAGGACUUCCUGGUGAGCGUGGGCGAGAUGGACAGCCUGGCCCUCCUGGAAGACAAGGAUUUAUUGGUCCUAAAGGUUACAGUGGCCCCCCUGGCCCUCCUGGCCCUAAGGGUUUAGAGGGAGCUGCAGGUGAUACAGGAUCAGCAGGUGAUCCUGGAAAACCACUGACAGGUGACGCAGGUGAUGAGGGUGAGCAGGGCCCGCCUGGCCCACCAGGACCAGAAGAAGUUGCAAAAUAUCCUCCAGGCUUUCUUUCACCAAAAGGAGACAAGGGUGACAAAGGUUUUCCUGGCCCACGUGGACUAAAGGGCUUAAUGGGUGGUAGUGGCGACUACUAUCCUCACGAAUUAAAAGGAGAGCAAGGAGUCCUCGGAUUUGUCGGAUUUCGGGGUCCUCCAGGAUUACCUGGCAGGGAGGGACUAGCAGGACCUGAGGGUUCUCGAGGACAGAGGGGACUUCCAGGCAUCAGUGGAAGAACUGGACUAAAGGGUUACCCAGGAGAUCCAGGUCUCCCUGGUGAUACACGCCUUCCUAAUGGAAGUCAUGUGAGAGGUGCUAAAGGUGACCGUGGAUUUCCAGGAGAACCUGGACUCCCCGGGGACACUGGGUCCAUGGGCAUUCCUGGGCCCUCUGGCCCACCAGGGCUAGCAGAGGGCCAGGGUUUGCCUGGUCCGCGAGGUCCCCAUGGUCCUAAAGGCUACAAAGGAGAGCCGGGAAAGUAUGAUGACUAUUCCAUUGCAGUACCCAAGGGAGCUAAAGGACUCCCGGGACCUAAAGGUGCCACAGGCCCUCCAGGCCCCCCAGGCUGUGGAGACUACUACUGUGAGUGCAGUGACCCUGGGGACCCUGGUGAUCCUGGACCCAGAGGAUCUACUGGGAACAAAGGGCUCAAGGGAAUUAAAGGUUGUCCAGCGAUUUGUGAAUGUAUCUCUGGCAGGGUGAGCCCAGGGUCUCAUGGUCCACCUGGUUAUCCAGGCCCCCCAGGAUUACCUGGAACUCAAGGACCAAGAGGGGACCCAGGUCUGAAAGGAGAUGAGGGUUCUCAAGGACCACAAGGCUUUCAAGGAUUUUCUGGUUUAAAGGGACAAAAAGGAGAAAAAGGUGAUGCUUUUGCAGUAGGUGUAAAAGGUGCCAAGGGUGACAUAGGUGACCCAGGAUAUCGUGGUCCUCCUGGAGGAACAGGUGGGUCAGGACAGGAUGGACGAGAUGGCUGUGUGGGAGAACCCGGGCCACCAGGUGAUGGUUAUACAGGAUUACCUGGUCCUAAAGGUUACCCAGGAAUUCCUGGACCCAAAGGAUUUCCUGGACAAGCAGGUCCCCCGGGUGAUGGUUUACAAGGCCCCAAGGGACAACAAGGACCUAAAGGAAAUCAGGGACUUACUGGCAUACCAGGAAUUCCUGGACGACCAGGACCUCCAGGAGAAAGACAGAAAUGCUGUCCUGAAGGUGAGAUUGGUCCCCCUGGUCCAAAGGGUGAGCCAGGUUCACCAGGGAUUCCAGGUCAGCCAGGGAGCAAUGGUCCCCCCGGAGAGCCAGGAUACUCAGGCACUAAAGGCAUGAAGGGUGAUGAUGGUGGAGCUCAGGGGACUGGACCACCAGGAGCUCCAGGUUUAAUUGGUGAACCAGGUGAACCAGGUUCCAGGGGAAUUAGUCUAGAAGGCUUUACUGGCCUUCCUGGUUUUCCUGGACCACCAGGUAGGAAAGGGUGUCCAGGAGAUGUCCUCCCAACCAGGCCAGGUGCACCUGGCAUACCUGGCCCACCUGGGAGUAUAGGCUAUAAAGGACUCCGUGGAAUUCCUGGAAACCCAGGAAUACCAGGCCCACAAGGCCAACCUGGACAACAAGGCUAUAAAGGAGAGCCAGGGGUCGAUGGUGACCCCGGAGUCCCUGGACCAAUAGGCCCACCGUGUUCACGGUGCGAACUCAUCGGCUCACCCGGACCCCCAGGACCCCCAGGACCUCCAGGAAAUCCUGGAGUGAGGGGAAUACCAGGAAACAUUGGGCAGAUAGGUCUGAGAGGCGAUAUUGGUCCACCUGGACAUGGACGGAAAGGAUCAAAAGGUGUUCAGGGUCCUCCUGGUUUACCAGGACCAGCUGGACCAACAGGCUCCACUGGCCUCCCAGGAGAUCCUGGAACUGAUGGGUGGCCAGGACAGAAAGGUGAAAGGGGGUAUCCUGGCAGGGCUGGAGCCAGAGGUUUCCCAGGUCGCCCUGGACCUCCUGGACCAAGAGGUAAACAGGGUGAAAGGGGUCUUAAUGGCCGCCCAGGUUCCCCAGGGUAUCCAGGACCAGAUGGUAAUAAAGGUUUACGUGGAGACCCUGGAGAUCCAGGAGUACCAAGUCCAGUGAAAGGUUCACCGGGUCAUCCAGGAACGAUGGGGCCAGCUGGCGAGCCUGGACUUCAGGGUCCAAAGGGCACACGGGGAAUGCCAGGUGAUUCUGGAUCUGAUGGAUGGCCUGGUCCACCAGGAAUUAAGGGUAUCGCUGGAGUUCCAGGCAGGUCAGGAAGAGCAGGACCUCCUGGAGACCCUGGGAUUAAAGGUUUCAUUGGUCCCAGAGGGUAUCCUGGGAAUGAUGGAGAUCGGGGAGAUCCAGGGCUCGAGGGAUAUUCAGGUAAUCCAGGGAGACAAGGAUUUCCUGGUGCCAAGGGUGAUCCAGGACCAUCUUAUGGACAACCAGGUCCACCUGGACCCAGAGGCAUCCCAGGAGAUGAUGGCUUCAGUGCACCUCGAGGGAUACCAGGAGACCCAGGUGAUCCGGGACUCAGAGGAAACCCAGGACGACCAGGACCAUCAGGCAUUCCAGGAGAACGGGGAAUACAAGGAAGACAAGGCUCCCCUGGACCCCGUGGUCCACAAGGCCAUCCAGGUCUUCCAGGUCUUCCCGGUGAUCAAGGAAGUGUGGGACUACCAGGCCCCCCUGGCCAAUAUGGGCCCCCAGGGCCCCCUGGACCACCAGGUCUAGAUGGACUGUAUGGGCUUACAGGUCCAAAAGGGAUGAAAGGGGCAAGUGGCAUAGGUAUCCCUGGCCCUCGAGGACCAGAUGGUUUUCCAGGAGUCAAAGGGGUCAGGGGCUACCGAGGACCUCCAGGAACUACUAUUCCUGGGACUAAAGGCCAAAGGGGCCCACCAGGCAAUCCAGGUCUCCCAGGCCUCCCAGGUGAACCUGGUUACCCUGGUAUAAUCUGCCAAACACCUUUGCAGGGACCUGCUGGAGAUCAAGGAUUUGAAGGACCUCCAGGACCCCCAGGUCCUCCUGGAGAACCUGGGAUACCAGGCUCCAGCCUUUUGUUCAAAGGAGACCCAGGCCCAACUGGCCCCCAUGGCUUACCAGGUGUUCGAGGAAGAAGGGGCCUACCAGGACCACCUGGACUUUCUAUCCACCAAGGCCCUAUAGGACCAAAAGGUGAGCAUGGUCCUGUUGGUCUAAGGGGUCCACCUGGACCCAAAGGUCAGCUAGGUGCCCCUGGGCCCCAGGGCCCCAGAGGAGGAACUGGCCCCCCUGGAAAUAAGGGUGUCAAAGGUGCUCCUGGUGACUCUCUCAGUAUAUUAACAGCUAAUGCUCCCCCUGGACCUCCAGGUCCUCCUGGUAGCCCAGGACCUGUAGGAUUCCAAGGUGUCAUGGGUUCUCCUGGUACUCCAGGUCGUAAAGGGGAGAAGGGUCCGGUGGGGUCUGUGGGCCUUCCUGGUAUAACAGGUCCUCCUGGUCGUAAUGGUCCAGCUGGAGAUCCAGGAGAUGUUGGUUUGCCUGGAUUUCCUGGACCUCAAGGUAUCCCAGGUCCUUCUGGUGACCAGGGUCAGCCAGGCUACAGGAGGAUAUUGAAUGCUGGAUUUCUGUUAGUUAUACAUAGUCAGUCAGUUCAGGUCCCACGGUGCCCAGCAGAUACCACUCAGCUUUGGGUGGGAUACAGUCUCAUUUACCUGGAGGCACAAGAAAAGGCUCACACACAAGAUCUGGGCCAGCCUGGCUCCUGCCUCUCUGUUUUCUCCACCAUGCCGUUCUCCUAUUGUAACAAAGCUGCCUGUUCUUAUUCUAGUCGCAAUGACAAAUCCUAUUGGCUCUCCACAACUGCUCCCAUACCCAUGAUGCCGCUAUUUGGCCAGGAUAUUGUGUCCCAUAUCAGCCGUUGUGUGGUGUGUGAGACCAUUUCACCUGUGGUGACUUUUCACAGCCAGAGUCAUACAUUCCCUUCAUGCCCACCUGGAUGGAGGAGUUUGUGGGUGGGAUACUCUUUCCUCUUGCACACAGGAGCAGGUAAUAAUGGUGGUGGCCAGUCACUGGCUUCUACUGGUAGCUGCCUUAAGGAUUUCCGAACUCAUCCCUUCAUUGAGUGCCAAGGGGCACGGGGUUCCUGUCACUACUUUGCCAAUCUCUAUAGUUAUUGGCUGACUACUGUAAGCCCAGCAGAGCAGUUCAUAACCGCAAGUCCUGGCACCAUCAAAGCGACCGACCAACAGCGACACAGGACCAGCCAGUGUAAUGUCUGCCACAGAGAAAGAUAAGCAUUGUGGCAUUUUACCCAUUUACCCAAACCUUACUAAUACCACUCAGGGUUAAAGAUGCAUUUGAUUAUGUUCGUUGACAAUAAAAAUUUAUUAAAAUAAAUGUUUUGCACUCCUCAACAUUUAAACAACUUUUCUUUUUGUCAUUAUUUUCACUUAGGUACCAUUUAUAGUUCUAAAAAAGCUCCUUAUGUUCUAUAAUUGUGCUAUAAGUUCAAGAUUAAUUUCCAUUAAAUCUGUCGGACUAGUACUGUGAUCCUCUCUGAAAUGACCUUUUCUUGUGUUUAUUAUUAUUUUAUUGUUUUUAAGUUGUUUUUCAUUUUGUUAUUUUAAAAUAAGACUUUAACU